GAGGGGUGGGCAGUGCGUUGCUUGUGCGUGGUGGCGCGAAAGUAGGGUGGCAGCACGAAGAUGGCAGCCGCUGUGGGGGAGCCGAAGCCCAAAAAGAUGAAGGUGGAGGCGCUGCCAGCGCUGAGUGAAAAUGUUCUCUUUGGAAUGGGAAAUCCUCUUCUUGACAUCUCCGCUGUGGUGGACAAAGAUUUCCUUGAUAAAUACUCUCUGAAACCAAAUGACCAAAUCUUGGCUGAGGACAAGCACAAGGAACUGUUUGAGGAACUUGUGAAAAAAUUCAAAGUUGAAUAUCAUGCUGGUGGCUCUACCCAGAAUUCAAUGAAAGUGGCUCAGUGGAUGAUCCAGCAGCCACACAAAGCAGCAACCUUUUUCGGGUGCAUCGGGAUAGAUAAGUUUGGGGAGAUCCUGAAAAGAAAAGCUGCCGAAGCCCACGUGGAUGCUCAUUACUACGAGCAGAGCGAGCAGCCCACGGGGACUUGUGCCGCGUGCAUCACUGGCGACAACAGGUCUCUUGUUGCUAAUCUUGCUGCUGCUAAUUGUUAUAAAAAGGAAAAGCACCUUGAUCUGGAGAAAAACUGGAUGUUGGUAGAAAAAGCAAGAGUUUGUUAUAUAGCUGGCUUUUUUCUUACAGUUUCCCCGGAGUCAAUAUUAAAAGUGGCUCAGUACGCUUCUGAAAACAACAGGAUCUUCACUUUGAAUCUGUCUGCGCCAUUUAUUAGCCAGUUCUACAAGGAGCCAUUGAUGAAAGUGAUGCCUUAUGUGGACAUACUUUUUGGAAAUGAAACGGAAGCUGCCACUUUUGCUAGAGAGCAAGGCUUUGAGACUGAAGACAUUAAAGAGAUAGCCCGAAAGACGCAAGCCCUGCCAAAGGUGAACUCAGGGCGGCCCCGGAUCGUAAUCUUCACCCAAGGGAGAGAGGACACCAUCAUGGCGACAGAAAGUGAAGUCACCGCUUUUCCUGUCUUGGAUCAGGACCAGAAGGGAAUUGUUGACACCAACGGAGCUGGAGAUGCAUUUGUUGGAGGGUUCCUGUCUCAGCUGGUCUCUGACAAGGUCCUGACCGAGUGCAUCCGCGCCGGCCACUACGCGGCCAACGUGAUCAUCCGGCGGAGCGGCUGCACCUUCCCCGAGAAGCCGGACUUCCACUGAGGCCCGCCCGCCCCGCGGACGCCAGCGCCUCGAUGUGUAGCCUCCCCGCGGCGUCGUGUGUCAGUGCCUCCCGAAUGCCAGUUACCCAGGAGCAUACCAAUUUUAUUUCCUUUUCGAUGACUCUGUAAAUUCAUGUGUAUUUAGUAAAUUGAACUGGUUUUUUUACAUUUCUGCCUUGAAUGCAGAUGCAAUUUAAUAUAAUAGAUUUUUUUAAAAAGAAAUUAAUCCUAACACGUCUAUCUUUAGCUUUUUAUAAAUAACUUCAGAAGUGCGUGUAUACACACACAGAUAAAGGAGCCACAUGUAAUCAUGGUAGUCAAAUAAGUAUAAAAGUAUACAUCUUGCCAAAUGAUUCCAGAUGAUCUCUCCCGUGUGCACUCAGUCAUGUAAUAAACUUCGGAUAAUUGAGUAAUUUCCCAAAUGGUAAACUGUAUCACAAUAUUCAAAUCAUAAUCUUCCGCUUACUUAUACUCUUUGAUUUGAUACAAAUAAAAACUUGUCAUAUAGGAA